GCGGCGCCACGUCCGCUCCGCGGGGUGAGGCCGGGCUCGGGCGGGGCCCGCGGAGUCUGCAGGACUUGGGGCUGGUUACCAGCAGUUCUGUCCCUCACAACGCAGACAUGGCAGCCCAGAAGGACCAGCAGAAGGAUGCCGAGGCAGAAGGGCUGAGCGCCACGACCCUGCUGCCCAAGCUGAUUCCCUCUGGCGUAGGCCGAGAGUGGCUGGAGCGGCGCCGCGCGACCAUCCGGCCCUGGGGCACCUUCGUGGACCAGCACCGCUUCUCGAGACCCCGCAACCUGGGCGAGUUGUGCCAGCGGCUGGUACGCAAUGUGGAAUACUACCAGAGCAACUAUGUGUUCGUGUUCCUGGGCCUCAUCCUGUACUGCGUUGUCACAUCCCCCAUGCUGCUGGUGGCUCUGGCCGUCUUCUUCGGCGCCUGUUAUAUCCUGUAUCUGCGCACAUUGCAGUCCAAGCUUGUGCUCUUUGGUCGAGAGGUAAGUCCGGCCCAUCAGUACGCUCUGGCUGGGGGAGUCUCCUUCCCUUUUUUCUGGCUGGCUGGUGCAGGCUCCGCUGUCUUCUGGGUCCUGGGAGCCACCCUGGUGGUCAUCGGCUCCCACGCCGCCUUCCACCAGAUCGAGCCUGCAGAUGGGGAGGAGCUGCAGAUGGAACCCGUGUGAGAUGUUGUCCAGGACCUGCCGGCCUCCCUGGCCAGAUGCCCCGCCCAUCCACCCCUGUCCUGCAUGGCCCUGAUCCUUGGGCCAGAAGCACCCCUCCCAGCACAAGCCCAGGGAGGGCUCUGCCUUUGGAAAUAAAACUGUUACAGUAGCCAUUCAGCAAAU